GAUAUGUAGGCUCCACUUCUGUUCUUUAAAGUCUCUGAACUAAGAACCGAACCAGCACAUUCAGCAGACUCACACCCUCCACGAUGGGCUUCUCGGCGGCGGCCCGCCGACCUCUCCUCCGGCUCUCGACGCUCUGCGCCCGGCCCGUGUCGGUGGUCCGGCCCGGUCCGGAGCGCCGGUCCAGCACCGCUGCAGCCAGGAGAACCGUGGAGGACCAGGCCACGAGCAGCGGGGCGGGGAAGCUGAAGACCAUCGAUGACCUGCCCGGGCCCAGUCUGUCCACCACUCUGUACUGGUUAUUCGUCAAAGGAUACGCGGACAAGGCCCACUUACUGCAGGAUGUCCAGAAGAGGCUCUACGGGCCCAUCUGGCGCUCCAGGUUUGGCCCGUUCGACAUCGUCAACGUGGCGAGCCCGGAGCUCAUAGCUCAGGUGACCCAGCAGGAGGGCCGCUACCCGGUCCGAGCAGAACUGCCCCACUGGCAGGAGUACCUGGACCUGAGGGGACGGGCCUACGGGCUGCAUGUGAGCCCGGGACCUCAGUGGUACCGGAUCCGCAGCGUGCUGAACCCCAAGAUGCUGAAGCUGCAGGAAGUGCCGGCCUACGCCCCCGUCAUCAACCAGGUGGUGGGAGACCUGCUGCGUCGCGUGGAGCUCCUCCGCAGUCGCAGCCAGGACCGGGCCACCGUCUCAGACAUGGCUGCUGAGCUCUACAAGUUCGGCUUUGAAGCCAUCUCCUCCAUCCUGUUUGAGACGCGGCUGGGCUGCCUGCAAGAGGAGAUUCCCACAGACACGCUGCGCUUCAUCGCCGCCGUCAACACCAUGCUGACGACGUCAGACACGGUGCUCCUCCUCCCCCGCUGGAGCCGCGCCGUCCUGCCCGUCUGGAGGCGCUUCGUCCAGGCCUGGGACGACCUCUACGACGUAGCCCAGACCCUCAUCGACCGGAGGAUUGCUGAAAUGGAGGCUCAGCUGGGCCGCGGCGAGCCGGUAGACGGCAUGUUCCUGGCCUACCUGCUGUCCUCCGACACGCUGAGCAGGGCCGAGGUCAACAUCAGCGUCACCGAGCUGCUGCUGGGCGGCGUGGACACGACCUCGAACACCCUGUCGUGGGCCCUGUACCGCCUAGCGAGGGACCGCAGGGCUCAGGACCGCCUGUCCACGGAGGUGAACUCCGUGUGUCCGGACAGACGAGAGCCGACCACAGACGACCUGAGCAGGAUGCCCUACCUGAAGGCCGUCAUAAAGGAGACGUUACGCCUUUAUCCUGUGGUGCCUGGAAACGGACGCUUGUCCUCGGAGAACGAGCUGGUUCUUGGCGACUACUGGUUCCCGAAGAGGACUCAGUUCCAUCUGUGUCAUUACUCCGCCUGUCACGAUGAAGCGGAGUUCGCGGACGCCGAGGUCUUCGUCCCGGAGCGGUGGCUCCGUCCCGAGGCCCCCGGCAGCGUCUGUGGCGGAGUGGCGUCCAACUACCAGCACCACCCGUACAGCUCCAUCCCCUUCGGUGUCGGGGUGCGAGCCUGCGUGGGGAGAAGGGUGGCAGAGAUGGAGAUGUACUUGGCUCUGUCCAGGCUUAUGCAGCACUAUGAGGUCCAGCCUGAACCUGGUUCCCCGGUCGUGGAGCCUAAAACUCGAACCCUGCUCAUCCCGGCCAAACCCAUCGCCCUGCGCUUCCUGCCCAGAGCCUGAUGAGGGCGACACCGAGGGUCACCCGCUCAGGUGUUCAUGACAACCAUCUCCACAGGCUGCAAACAACAAACAAUGUAAUGCGUGCAACACUCUUGGUUCUCUGAAGCGUGGAGCAGUUUUGACAUGUUUAAUCUGAGCUGCAAAUGGCAGCACAGAAGAGCAUGAAUGGUUUAUUUAAGGGACCAAAUUAAAGGAAACUUCUUCAAUUACUCACCCUAGAUGUGGGAGGCUUGUGGGUCUUUCCCUUAAAUCCUUCUCGCCAGAGUCCAUGUGAUUAACACCCAUAUUUAUAACAAGUAUUGGGGUUUUCCUGUAGGUAUUUUAAAGCAACGCCAAAGCACUUUUCCUCUUCGGUCCCCCUACAGACCUGUAGGGGGACUCCUUUUGGAUGACUGAGCUUCUCCCCCUAUCUUUAAGGGAGACCCAGCCCCCCUAAGAGGUGACAUGUUUAUUAGCAUUGCUGACUUACAUUCAUCCACUUGCCAAUGUGUGUCCUCUGGUUGCACUUUCUGACACUUGAUGUUUUUAAUAACUCUGAUGAUUCAGUGCUUUAUUUACUGUUGAAUAUAUCCUCUGUUCACUGCUGUAAAACGUGCUUCACAUC